GCGAGCAGGGGAGCCGCUGCAGCCUUUGCUCUCGCCGGCGCUGCAACUCCAACUCCAGCCACGCUCUUUGCCUGGACAUGUCUCGGGAAACUCUCUACUCCUCCUCUCGAUCAAGUUUAACAACCGGAUGGGUUCAAUCCGGCAGGAGGCGGCCCUUUGGCUCUGGAGAGAGGCGCUAGGUCGCCCGGGCGCUGAGAGACGCGGGGCAAAGUUGGCUUUUGGUUUCACGAUGUGCAUCGCUCCGCUUGUGGCCCCAGUCUGUUGGAAUGGACUGAGACAAAAGGGGGACUGGAUCUAGGCGAGACAGAGAGAGAGAAAGAGACAGAGAAAGAGGAAAAAGAGACACGUUGCACCCAGCUGGCCUGGUUGGUUUUUGGAAUUUGCCUCCAUGGAGAGCCGUUUGACCAUGCUGCUGCUGCUGCUUGUGCAGCAUUUUGGAAACUGUGAAGGGAAUCCAAGACAGUAUCGUUUGUUGCCAAUACAAUUCACUCAAGUUCACUACAAUGCCACAGUGUACGAAAACUCUGCAGCUAAGACCUAUGUUGGGCAUCCAGUAAAAAUGGGCAUUUAUAUCGCGAACUCCCUCUGGGAUAUAAAAUACAAAAUAAUUUCUGGGGACACUGAGAACUUGUUCAAAGCUGAAGAAUAUAUUUUGGGAGAUUUUUGCUUCUUACGAAUACGAACCAAGGGAGGGAACACUGCUAUACUUAACAGAGAAGUAAAGGACCAUUACCUACUAACUGUCAAAGCAAUAGAAAAGAACACUAACACAGAAGCUCGCACAAGAGUCAGAGUGCAAGUAUUGGAUACAAAUGACUUAAGGCCUUUGUUCUCUCCAACAUCUUACAGUGUUUCAUUGCCUGAGAAUACAGCAAUAAGGACCAGCGUUGCAAGAGUCAGUGCAACGGAUGCAGAUAUUGGAACCAAUGGGGAGUUUUAUUACAGCUUUAAAGAGAGGACAGAUAUGUUUGCUAUACAUCCAACAAGUGGCGUGGUGGUUCUGACGGGCAGACUUGACUAUUCGGAAACCAAAGUUUAUGAGAUGGAAAUUCUUGCUGUGGAUCGUGGAAUGAAAUUGUAUGGCAGCAGUGGCAUCAGCAGCAUGGCAAGGUUGACUGUUCACAUCGAGCAGGCUAAUGAACAUGCUCCGGUUAUCACAGCCCUUGCUUUGGCUCCUUCAGAGCUGGACAGGGAUUCAGCAUAUGCAAUCGUAACUGUUGAGGACAGGGACCAUGGUUCAAAUGGAGAGGUAGCAUCUCUAAGCAUUGUGGCAGGUGAUCCACUGCAGCAGUUCAGAGCUGUGAGGACUUUUCCGGGUGGAAAAGAAUAUAAAAUCAAAGCUGUUGGCAAUAUUGAUUGGGAGAACCAACCAUUUGGCUAUAAUCUUACUGUGCAGGCUAAGGAUAAAGGGAAUCCUCCAAAGUUUUCUUCUGUAAAAGUAAUCCAUGUAGCAUCUCCCCAGUUCAGGUCUGGACCAGUCCGAUUUGAAAGAGAUGUUUACAGAGCAGAGAUAAGUGAAUUUGCCCCACCAAACACCCCUGUGGUUAUGGUGAAAACUUUGCCUACUUACUCCCAUUUAAAAUAUGUGUUUAAAAAUGCACCAGGCAAAAUCAGAUUCAACUUGAACCCUCACACUGGCCUUAUUACCACCCUAGAACCCAUAAAAGCACAACAGGCAUCCCAUUUCGAAUUUGACAUCAUGACAAGUGACAGAAAAGCUUCUACGAAAGUAUUGAUUAAAGUCCUAGAUGUGAAUACACAUUCCCCUGAAUUUACCCAGACAUCUUACAAAGCUUCAUUUGAUGAGAAUGUUCUUAUAGGUACGAGUGUAAUGAGUGUGAACGCAAAGGAUCUUGAUGAAGGUGAAAGUGGCUAUGUGACGUAUAGUAUUGCAAACAUAAACCCUGUUCCCUUUGUGAUAAACCACUUCAGUGGUAUUAUCAGUACGUCUGAAAACAUGGAUUAUGAAUUGAUGCCAAGAAUAUAUAAAUUAAGAAUUCGAGCUUCUGACUGGGGUACACCAUAUCGCAGAGAAGUUGAAGUUCCUGUUACUAUAGUUUUAAAUAAUUUGAAUGAUAACACUCCGCUGUUUGAGAAAAUAAAUUGUGUGGGGACGAUUCCCAGGGAACUUGGUGUUGGAGAACAAAUAACAACGGUGUCAGCCAUUGAUGCUGAUGAGCUCCAGUUGGUGCAAUACCAAAUUCAAUCAGGAAAUGAAUUAGAUAUAUUUAGUUUAAAUCCAAAUUCUGGAGUGCUUUCCCUGAAACAGUCAUUAGGAGAUGGCUUAGGUGUAAAAUCACCUUUUCAUAGCUUGAGAAUAACAGCUACAGAUGGAGAGAACUUUGCAACACCUUUGUAUAUUAACAUUACUGUAGUUGCCAGCCGCAAACCAGUAAACUUACAAUGUGAAGAGACUGGUGUAGCCAAAAUGUUGGCAGAGAAACUCUUGCAGGCAAAUAAACUGCAUGGUCGUGGUGAAGUUGAAGAUGCUUUUUUUGACACUCACUCUGUGAAUCUGCAUGCACCUCUGUUUGGAAAUAGUCUCCCUAGUAGCAUUGAAUUAAGAGAAGAUCAGCUUGUAGGUUCCAGCAUAAUUCUUAUGAAUGCUACUGAUCUUGACACUGGUUUCAAUGGAAAGCUGGUCUAUGCUAUCUCUGGAGGUAAUGAUGAUAGCAGCUUUAUCAUUGAUAUGGAAACAGGAAUGCUAAAAAUCUUAUCUCCCCUUGACAGAGAAGUAAAAGAUAAAUAUACAUUGAAUAUUACAGUUUAUGACCUUGGAAUACCACAGAAGUGUGGCUGGUGUCUUUUAGAUAUCAAAGUUCUAGAUGCCAAUGACAAUUGUCCAGAAUUUUUACAAGAUAGCUAUUUUGUUGAUGUGAAUGAAAACAAGGACCUAAAUACAGAAAUCAUUCAAAUAGAAGCCAUAGAUAAAGAUUUAGGGACUAAUGGGGAAGUGCGAUAUUCAUUUCUUACAGAUACAGAUAAGUUUUCUAUUGACAGUGUGACAGGUAUUGUGAAAGUUGUAGGACCUUUGGAUCGUGAAGAUCAACCUGUGUAUUUCCUGAAAAUAGAGGCUAGGGACCAAGCUAAAGAAGAAUCACAACUGUCCUCAACUGUAGUACUGAAAGUGUUGUUGGAAGAUGUCAACGAUAAUCCUCCUAAAUUUAUUCCAUCAAAUUAUCGCGUGAAAAUUCGAGAAGACCUUCCAGAAGGAACCAUUAUCACAUGGCUAGAAGCUUAUGAUCCUGAUUUAGGCCAGUCAAGCCAAGUACGAUACAGCCUUUUAGACGGAGGGGAUGGAAGCUUUGAUGUAGAUAAGCUCAGUGGAGCAAUUCGUAUUGUGCAAGGACUGGAUUUUGAGAGGAAACAAGUUUAUAAUCUAACAAUACGGGCCAAAGACAAAGGAAAACCCAUUUCAUUGUCUUCUACCUGUUACGUUGAGAUUGAAGUAGUUGAUGUAAAUGAAAAUCUGCACCCUCCACAUUUUCCUAACUUUGUGGAUAAAGGUUUUGUAAAUGAAGAUGUUCCUGUUGGUACUCCAGUGAUGACUGUGUCUGCAUAUGAUGAAGAUACAGGAAGAGAUGGUGAGAUUAGAUACUCGAUAAGGGAUGGAUCUGGUGUUGGAAUUUUCAAAAUAGAUGAAGAAAAAGGUACAAUAGCAACUGUGGAUUUGCUUGAUCGAGAAACGACUUCUCAUUACUGGCUAACUGUUUAUGCAACGGACCAGGGUGUUGUUCCUCUGUCUUCCUUCGUUGAAAUCUACAUAGAAGUUGUUGAUGUUAACGACAAUGCUCCACAGACUACUCAGCCUGUUUAUUACCCAGAAGUCAUGGAAAAUGCACCUAAGGAUGUGUCAGUCAUUCAAAUUGAGGCCUUUGAUUCCGACUCAAGCUCUAAUGACAAGCUGACCUACAAGAUUACUAGUGGAAAUCCACAGGGAUUCUUCUUCAUGAAUCCGAAAACUGGUUUAAUUACAACAACGUCACGAAAGCUUGACCGAGAACAACAGGCAGAACACAUAUUAGAGGUAACAGUUACAGACAAUGGUAUGCCAGCAAAAUCAACUCUUGCCCGGGUCAUUGUGAAGGUCUUAGAUGAAAAUGAUAAUAGACCUCAGUUUUUGCAAAAGUUCUAUCAAAUCAGAUUACCGGAACGUGAGAAACCAGAGAGAGAGAGGACUGCCAGAAGGGAGCCUAUUUACCGUGUAGUAGCUGCAGAUAAAGAUGAAGGACCCAAUGCUGAAAUAUCUUAUAGCAUUGAGGAUGGUGAUGAGCAUGGCAAAUUUUUUAUUGACCCAAUAACCGGGGUGGUUUCCUCUAAGAAGUAUUCUGGAGCUGGAGAAUAUGACAUCCUUACGAUCAAAGCUGUGGAUAAUGGUCGCCCGCAAAAAUCAUCAACUGCUCGUCUUCAUAUAGAAUGGAUCCCAAAGCCUAGUCCAUCCUCUGAACCCAUUUCUUUCGAGGAAUCAUUUUUUUCUUUUACUGUCAUGGAAAGUGAUCCAGUAGCUCACAUGAUUGGGGUAAUAGCUGUUGAGCCACUUGGCACUCCACUCUGGUUUGAUAUUACGGGAGACAAGCUUGCUAGUGAAGUUUUUUACAUCUUUCAGAUGGCUUGUGACCUGAACUGUACAGCAGAAGGUGGCAACUAUGACAGCCGCUUUGAUGUGGACAAGGGCACUGGAACCAUCGUUGUCGCUAAACCUCUUGAUGCAGAACAGAAAUCAAAUUACAAUCUGACAGUAGAAGCAACAGAUGGAACUAGGACUAUUGGCACUCAGGUGUACAUUAGGGUAAUAGACACAAAUGAUCACAGGCCUGAGUUUUCUUCAUCAGAAUACCAAGUCGUCAUACCUGAAGACACAGUACCAGAGACUGAGAUUUUGCAAGUCAGUGCCUCAGACAGAGAUGAGAAGAAUAAGCUAAUUUAUACUAUGCAAAGUAGUGUGGAUCCCAUCAGCCUUAAGAAAUUUCGUUUGGAUCCUGCAACUGGGUCUCUUUACACUUCUGAAAAAUUGGACCAUGAAGUAAUUCAUCGACACGUUCUCACAGUGAUGGUACGGGAUCAAGAUGUUCCUGUCAAGCGCAACUUUGCAAGAAUUAUCAUUAAUGUUACUGACACAAAUGAUCAUGCACCAUGGUUCACCACUUCUUCCUAUGAAGGGCGAGUAUAUGAAUCGGCAGCUGUUGGGUCAGUUGUUCUACAAGUUACAGCACUGGACAAGGAUAAAGGGGAAAAUGCAGAAAUUUUGUACUCCAUAGAAUCAGGGAAUAUUGGAAAUGCUUUUAAUAUACAUCCUGUCUUGGGCAGUAUUACCAUCGCAAAAGAAUUAGACCGCAACAAUCAGGGCGAGUACACUCUGAUGGUGAAGGCGACAGAUAAAGGGAGCCCUCCAAUGAGCGAAGUAACAUCUGUGCACAUUUCAGUCACGGUCUCUGAUAAUGCAUCGCCAAAAUUCACAAUGAGAGAAUACUCCACAGAAAUCAGUGAAGGCAGCAGCAUUGGCAGUUUCAUUGGAAUGGUUAUUGCAUACAGCCAGUCAUCUGUAGUUUACGAGAUAAAAGAUGGUAAUAUAGGUGAGGUCUUCACUAUCAACCCAAAUUCCGGUGUCAUUACCUCUCAGAAGACACUUGAUUUUGAAACACUGCCUUUUUACAGUCUAACUGUUCAGGGUACCAACAUGGCUGGCCAGUCCACAAACACUACAGUAUUGGUGCACCUUCAAGACGAGAAUGAUAAUGCACCAACUUUUAUGCAGGCAGAAUACACCGGGCUCAUCACUGAAUCGGCUUCAAUUAACAGUGUGGUUCUAACAGACAGGAAUGUCCCAUUAGUGAUACGAGCUACAGACGCUGACAAAGAAUCAAAUGCUUUGCUUGUCUAUCAGAUUGUUGAGCCAUCUGUCCACAAAUAUUUUGCCAUCGAUUCCAGUACAGGAGCCAUCCGUACAGUAAUGACCUUGGACUACGAAGAGACAAAUGCAUUUCACUUUUCGGUGCAAGUGUAUGACAUGGGAAUGCCACACUUAUUCGCAGAAUAUGCAGCCAAUGUUACCGUUUAUAUAAUUGACAUAAAUGAUUGCCCUCCUGUGUUCUCUAAAGAUCUGUAUGAAGCAACUGUUCUGGUGCCAACCUAUAAAGGAGUGAACGUUGUCACAGUAAAUGCUACAGAUGCAGAUUCUGAAGCCUUUUCUCAAGUCAUGUAUUCCAUCACUGAAGGCAAUAUUGGAGAAAAAUUUUCAGUCGAUUCUAAGAGCGGGCAGAUAACUGUACAAAACACAACUCAGUUAAGAAGCAGAUAUGAAUUGACAGUCAGAGCAUCUGAUGGCAGAUUUUCCACCACCACAUCAGUAAAAAUUAAUGUGAAAGAGAGCAAGGCAAGUCAGUUAAAGUUCACACACAGUUCCUACAGUGCUGGAGUCCAAGAGAAUUCCACCGAGGCAAAAACAAUAGCUAUUAUCACUCCUAUAGGGAGUCAAAUAAAUGAGCCUUUGUUUUAUCAUAUUCUAAACCCAGACAAUAGAUUUAAAAUUAGCCACACUUCAGGAGUCCUCUCAACCACUGGAAUACCAUUUGAUCGUGAGCUGCAGGAGUCUUUUGAUAUCGUUGUGGAAGUGACAGUGGAGCAUAAGCCAUCAGUAAUAGCACAUGUUGUAGUAAAGGUUACCGUAGAAGAUGUAAACGACAAUGCCCCUGUUUUUGUGAGUCUUCCAUAUUAUGCAACUGUUAAAAUAGACACUGAAGUUGGCCAUGUUAUACGGCGUGUCACUGCUGUAGAUAAAGAUAUUGGUAGAAAUGGAGAAGUGCAGUAUUACCUCAAAGAACACUAUGACCACUUCCAAAUAGACAACACUGGCGAAAUCUCACUCAAGAAACAGUUUGACCCAGACACACUAAAUAAAGAAUACCUUCUUACUGUGAUAGCAAAAGACAAAGGAGAGCCAAGCUUUUCUGCUGAAGUGAUGGUCCCAAUCACUGUUGCAAAUAAAGCCAUGCCAGUAUUUGAAAAAGCUUUCUACAGUGCAGAGAUACCGGAAAACAUCCAGAUCCAUAGUCCUGUUGUGCAUGUGCAAGCACAUAGCCCAGAAGGGCUCAAAGUUUUUUAUAGUAUUACAGAUGGAGACCCUUACAGUCAGUUUACAAUCAACUUUAAUACAGGAGUUAUCAAUACUUUUGCCCCUCUCGAUUUUGAGUCCCACCCUGCCUACAAACUGAGCAUACGUGCAACGGAUUCUUUGACUGGAGCCCAUGCUGAAGUAUUUGUUGACAUAAUAGUUGAAGAUAUCAACGAUAAUCCUCCUCUCUUUACGGAGCAAUUUUAUGCUGCCACCCUUUCUGAGGCAUCUAUAAUUGGAACAUCUGUUGUACAUGUCAGGGCUACAGAUGCUGAUUCUGGAACAAACAGAGGGAUUUCUUAUCUCUUGGUACAAAACAACAGCCAGAGCCAUGAUUAUUUUCAUAUCGAUAGUAGCACUGGGCUCAUUCUGACAGCAAGGAGUUUGGAUUAUGAACAGACUCAGCAACACACAUUGCUAGUAAGAGCAAUAGACAGUGGAAUGCCUCCACUGAGCAGUGACAUUAUUGUAACUGUUGAUAUAACAGACCUGAAUGAUAACCCACCAGUAUUUAACCAGCUGCUUUAUGAAGCUAACAUCAGUGAACUGGCUCCCCGUGGGCACUUUGUAACUUGUGUAAAGGCCUCAGAUGCAGACACUUCAGAUGCAGACAAGCUGGAAUAUUCCAUAUUAACAGGCAAUGAUCACAUGAAUUUCAUAAUCAACAGCAAAACUGGGGUCAUUACCCUUUCAAACCUACAUAAACAGACUCUGAAACCCAUUUACCAUCUUAAUAUAUCUGUUUCUGAUGGGGUCUUCAGAAGUUCAGCCCAGGUUCUUAUACGUGUAAUUGGAGCCAAUUUGCAUAGCCCCAUUUUCAGUCAAAAUGAAUAUGAGGUGGAACUAGCUGAGAAUGCUCCGUUGCAUACCCUGGUGACUGAAGUUCAGGCAAUUGACAAAGAUACUGGCAGCUAUGGAGCUAUCACAUACCAUAUUGUGAACGAUUUUGCAAAAGAUCGGUUUUACACUAAUGAGAGGGGGCAAAUAUUUACCUCAGAAAAGCUUGAUCGUGAAACCCAAGCUGAAAAAGUAAUCUUCAUUAGGUUAAUGGCCAAGGAUUCUGGGGGGAAAGUGGCUUUCUGCAGCGUCAACGUCAUACUUACUGAUGUUAAUGAUAAUACCCCUUUAUUCCGUGCAACCGAAUAUGAAGCAAAUAUUGGAUCAAAUGUUCCAAGAGGUACAUCUGUCAUUAAAGUUUUAGCUUCCGAUGCUGAUGAGGGCACCAAUGCAGACAUCACUUACACAAUUGAAGCAGAUUCUGAAAACGUUCAGGAGAAUUUAGAAAUUGAUCACUUAACUGGUGUAAUAACUACAAAAGAAAGUUUAAUUGGCUUAGAAAAUGAAUUUCUCACUUUCUUUGUUAGAGCACUGGAUGGUGGAACCCCACAAAAGGAAUCUAGUGUUCCUCUCUCUGUUAGAAUACUUUCCCCUGAAGUACGUCUUCCAAAAUUUUCAGAACCAUUCUAUUCUUUCACUCUUUCUGAAGAUACUCCUAUUGGAACUGAGAUUGAUACUAUACGAGCAGAGCACAGUCAGACCUUGCUAUAUACUCUUGUUAAAGGGAAUACUCCUGAAAGUAAUAGAGAUGACUAUUUUGUGAUCGACAAGCAGAAUGGAAGGCUGAAACUUGAGAAGAGCCUAGAUCAUGAGACAACGAAGUGGUACCAGUUUUCAGUGCUAGCGCAUUAUAUGAAUGAAGAUUACAAAGUUGUUUCUUCAGUGGACAUAAGCAUUCAAAUAAAAGAUGCAAAUGACAAUCAACCAAUCUUGGAGUCCAAUCCAUAUGAAGCAUAUGUUGUGGAAAACAUGCCAGCUGGAACAAAAGUCAUACAAGUAAAAGCUAUUGACCAGGAUUCAGGAAACAAUGGACAGGUCACUUACAGGCUAGAGCCAACACAAGAUACUGAUAUCAUUGAGUCUUUUGCCAUAAACGUGGAAACGGGCUGGAUUACCACUCUAAAAGAGCUUGACCAUGAAAAGCAGGACAAAUACAGUAUUACUGUGGUGGCAUCUGACCGUGCUGAAAAAACACAAUUAUCCUCUACUGCAGUUGUUGAAGUUUCUGUAACUGAUGUGAAUGACAACCCUCCACGUUUCACUGCAGAGAUUUAUAAAGGAACAGUCAGUGAAGAUGACCCAACGGGAGGAGUAGUUGCUAUUUUAAGCACCACCGAUGCUGAUUCAGAACUUGCUAACAGACAAGUCAACUAUUUUAUUACAGGAGGUGAUCUACUGGGACAAUUUGCUGUGGAAAAUAUACAGAAUGAAUGGAAAGUUUAUGUCAGAAAGCCUCUGGACAGAGAAGUAAAGGAUAAUUAUCUUCUAAAUAUCACAGCUACUGAUGGGAUGUUUGCAACAAAAGCUGUGGUGGAGGUUAAAGUCCUUGAUUCCAAUGACAAUAGUCCUGUAUGUGAAAAGGCAUUGUACAGUGAGGCUGUUCUAGAAGAUUCCCCACCUGGCAAACUCAUCAUGCAAGUCUCAGCCACAGAUGCAGAUAUUCGUUCCAAUGCAGAAAUAACUUAUACGCUACAUGGUUCUGGAGCAGAAGACUUUACACUCGGUCCAGAGACAGGUGAGCUGAAAACAUUAGCAACACUUGACCGUGAGCAGAAGUCUGUAUAUACUCUUAUGGUCAGGGCUUCAGAUGGAGGAGGAAGAUUUUGCCAGGCCAAUAUUAUUCUGAAUAUAGAUGAUGUGAAUGAUAACACCCCAGAGUUUACAACUGAUCCAUACUCUAUCACAGUAUUUGAAAACACCGAGCUGAAAACUCUGUUGACAAGAGUACAAGCUACAGAUGCAGAUGCAGGAUUAAAUCGGAAGAUUCACUAUUCACUGGUAAAUUCUGUGGAUGGACAGUUUUCUAUUGAUGAAUUCUCCGGGAUUGUUCGAUUGGAAAAGCCUUUAGAUCGGGAAUUACAGGCUGUGUAUUCUCUGACUUUGAAAGCUGAAGAUGAAGGUUCCCCUAGGAGACUCUCUUCUACUGGUACUCUUGUGGUUUCUGUUCUGGAUAUAAAUGACAAUCCACCUGUCUUUGAGUACAAAGAGUACAGUGCAACCGUGUCGGAAGAUACAGUGAUUGGAAUGGAGGUUCUUCAGGUCUAUGCUGCUAGCCGGGACAUUGAAGCCAAUGCAGAAAUCACCUAUUCCAUAAUCAGUGGGAAUGAACAUGGAAAAUUCAGUAUUGAUUCAAAAACAGGUGCUAUUUUUAUUAUUGGCGGUCUUGAUUAUGAGAGCUCCCCUGAGUAUUAUCUGACAGUGGAAGCCACAGAUGGAGGAACACCUUCACUGAGUGAUGUUGUAACAGUGAAUAUAAAUGUCACAGAUAUCAAUGACAACAGUCCAAUAUUCAGCCAAGACACUUACACAGCAGUAAUCAGUGAAGAUGCUGAAGUUGAACAAUCCGUUAUCUUGGUUAUGGCAGCGGAUGCUGAUGGGCCUUCAAACAACCACAUUCGCUACUCAAUUAUAGAUGGCAACCAAGGGAACCCUUUCACAAUUGACCCUACCUUGGGUGAAGUUAAAGUGGCUAAACCUCUUGACAGAGAGAUGGUCUCAGGUUACACUCUGACAGUUCAAGCAUCAGACAAUGGGAAUCCACCUAGAAUCAAUGUAACUACAGUCAAUAUUGAUGUAUCUGAUGUAAAUGACAACCCACCAGUAUUCUCAAAAGGGAAUUAUAGUAUUAUCAUCCAGGAAAACAAGCCUAUUGGGUUUAACAUCCAGCAGCUGAUGGUAACAGACAAGGAUUCUUCUCACAAUGGGCCACCGUUCCUUUUCACCCUUGUGAGUGGAAAUGAAGAUAACGCUUUUGAGAUUAACCAACAAGGAGUUCUUGCAACUGCUGCUCAACUAAAACGCAAAGUGAAGGAUCAUUAUUUGCUUCAUAUUAAGGUGGCUGAUAAUGGAAGACCUCAGUUGUCGUCUUUGACUUACGUUGACAUUAGAGUUAUCGAGGAAAGCAUCCAUCCUCCAGCAAUUCUGCCCUUAGAAAUCUUCAUCACAACCUUUGGGGAAGAAUAUUCUGGUGGCGUCAUUGGAAAAGUGCAUGCAACUGACCAAGAUGUUUAUGACACUUUAACAUACAGUCUGGAUCCCAAGAUGGAAUCCCUGUUCUCUGUCUCUAGUGCAGGUGGCAAGCUGAUCGCUCACAAAAGGCUAGACGUAGGGCAGUACCUCCUGAAUGUUACUGUGACAGAUGGAAAAUUUACUACCGCAGCUGUCAUCACAGUACAUAUCAGACAAAUCACACAGGAAUUGCUGAACCACAGCAUAGCUAUCCGCUUUGCCAACCUUGCUCCAGAGGAAUUCAUUGGCGACUAUUGGCGUAAUUUCCAAAGAGCUUUAAGAACGUUCUUGGGAGUGAGAAGAAACGACAUACAGAUUAUUAGCUUGCAGCCAACCGAUCCUCCAUCAAACCUUGAUGUGCUGCUGUUUGUUGAAAAGUCUGCUAGUCCCCAGCAUUCAACCAGAGCUCUGAUCCACAAGAUAAACUCCUCUGUGGCUGACCUGGAAGAGAUUUCGGGCGUCCGGAUACUUAACGCUUUCCACAAGCUCUGUUUGGGCCUAGAUUGCCCUUGGAAAUUUUGUGAAGAAAAAGUGACUGUGGAUGAAAAUAUCAUGUCAACCCACAGCACUGCCCGGCUGAGUUUUGUCACUCCACAUCACCAAAGAACUGCCGUUUGUCUCUGUCAAGAAGGAAGGUGCCCUCUUGUGAACACUGCCUGUGAUGGAAAUCCAUGCCCUGAAGGUACUGAAUGUAUAGCAGAUCCUAGAGAAGGAAAGUACACUUGCGUUUGUCAUGGAAGCAAUGCUGCCCAGUGCCCUGUAUCAGCUGGACCAGCAGUGACUUUUACUGGAAGCAGCUACGUGAAGUAUCGCCUCAUGGAAAAUGAAAACAAGGAGGAAAUGAAGCUCACGAUGAGGCUCAGAACGUACUCUGCUCAUGCAGUUGUCAUGUAUGCCCGAGGAACAGACUAUAGUAUUUUAGAGAUCCACCACGGGAGGUUGCAGUACAAAUUUGACUGUGGAAGUGGCCCUGGAAUUGUGUCGGUGCAGAGCACUCAGAUCAAUGAUGGCCAGUGGCAUUCAGUGUCGCUUGAAGUUGAUGGAAACUACGCCAAGCUAAUUCUGGACAGGGUGCACACUGCAUCUGGUAUUGCCCCCGGUACUCUAAGGACACUCAACCUAGACAACCAUGUAUUUUUUGGCGGCCACAUUCGGCAGCAGGGUGCAAGGCAUGGAAGAAGCCCCCAAGUUAGCAAUGGCUUCAGAGGGUGUAUGGAUUCCAUUGUGCUUAAUGGCCAAGAAUUGCCUCUAAACAGCAAACCACGGAGUUAUGCGCACAUGGAAGAAUCUGUGGAUGUAUCUCCUGGAUGUUUACUGACUACCGCAGAGGAUUGUUCAAGUAGUCCAUGCCAGAACGGAGGCAUUUGUAAUCCAUUAUCCACUGGAGGUUAUUAUUGUAAGUGUGCGGCUUUAUUUAUAGGCACACACUGUGAUGUAAGUGUCAAUCCAUGUGCUUCUAACCCUUGCCUUUAUGGUGGCACUUGCAUUCCUGUUAACGAUGAUUUCAUCUGCCAGUGCAGAGGAUUGUACACAGGUCAAAGGUGUCAGAUUGGUCCAUAUUGCAAAGACAACCCAUGCAAAAACAGUGGCAAGUGUAUUGAUAGCUUAGACGGACCCGUUUGUGAAUGUGAGGCGGGUUUUCAUGGAGAGAGGUGCUUGACAGACGUGGAUGAAUGCGUAGAAAAUCCAUGUCAGAACGGUGCUCUCUGUGAGAAUACAUAUGGCACAUACCACUGUAACUGCAGCCACGGAUUUGGAGGAAAACAUUGUGCUGAGGUUCUUAAUAAAUAUGUUUCAACGUCAUGGAACAUUAGCCUAGCAGAAGUCUUUGGAAUUAUCGUUUUCAUCGUAGGAGUCGUCAUACUGGUUGGGAUUUUUGUUUGCUGCCGCCAAGUAAUUUGGAAGAAGAGGAAGCGCCAGCCAGAACCAGAAGACAAACAUCUGGGAACAACAACAGCAUUCUUACAAAGACCAUACUUUGAUUCAAAACUGAAUAAGAACAUUUAUUCUGACAUUCCACCCCAGGUGCCUGUUCGCCCCAUUUCAUAUACUCCCAGCAUUCCAAGCGACUCCAGGAACAACCUGGACAGGAAUUCUUUUGAGGGCUCCACUAUUCCAGAGCAUCCAGAGUUCACCACUUUUAAUCCAGAUUCUGUGCAUGGCCACCGGAAAGCAGUGGCUGUCUGCAGUGUAGCCCCUAACUUGCCUCCCCCACCGCCAUCCAAUUCACCUUCAGACAGUGACUCAAUACAGAAGCCCAGCUGGGACUUUGAUUAUGACACUAAAGUUGUAGAUCUUGAUUCCUGCCUUUCAAAGAAGCCCCUGGAAGAGAAGGUUUCUCAGCCUUACAGUGCUAGAGAGAGCAUGUCGGAGGUCCAGUCCCUUAGCUCCUUCCAGUCAGAAUCAUGCGAUGAUAAUGGCUAUCACUGGGAUACCUCUGACUGGAUGCCAAACGUCCAACUGCCUGGCAUACAGGAGUACCCAAAUUAUGAGGUGGUUGAAGAGCCGGCACCCCUCUACACAGAUCCAAAUUCCAUUGAUGCAGACUACUACCCUGGAGGUUAUGACAUUGAGAGUGACUUUCCGCCUCCACCAGAUGACUUCCCAGUGCCUGAUGACCUUCCACCAUUACCGCCAGAAUACAGUGAUCAGUUUGAUUCGAUACAGCAAUCCAGGGACAUGCCUGCUGUAGGUAGUUUGGGGUCCUCUGCAAGGAGCAGGCAAAGGUUCAACCUCAACCAGUACCUUCCCCACCACUAUGCUUCAGACCUGCCGGAACCUCAGAACACCACCAAUGGCGUCUCCAGUACUUAUAGAGAACCCUAUGCUCCUUACCCUGUAGGGUACCGUAGAGACUUUGAAGCAGCCCCUGUAGACAACAUAUCCAUGUCUGUGUAUGCUUCCACGGCUUCAUGCUCUGAUGUGUCGGCAUGCUGUGAAAUGGAGUCUGAGGUCAUGCUGAGUGACUAUGAGAGUGGAGACGACGGACAUUUUGAAGACGUGAUCAUUCCCCCACUCGACCCUCAGCAGCACACACAAGUCUGACACGCUUCCUCAAAAAAAGUGCCUGGAUGUUAAUGAACUUUUAAAAAGAAAAGAAAAAAAAGAAAAGAGGAUUUUAGAGAAAUCUCGGAGAGCUUAUUUUUUUCUUGGCGGCAAUGCUUGAGCGCUUUUGUUUCAGUGAGCUAAAACUGGCAUGGCUGCACUGGAUCAGGCAUCUCCUUUCAACCUAUUAACCAAUUUUCCAUUUCCUGAUCUCCUACAGUCUGACUGGUCAUAGGUCUCCCAUUGGCUGUGCCAUUCCCAAACGUGUUUUUUGUACUUCCAUUGUCUAUGUUAAAGAAAUAAAAGCAAAAACACAUACCAUUUCAUCAUUUUAGCAUGAUAAAUGUAUUUAUAUCGUUCAAAAGCGGAUCAUUUUUUUUCUUAUCUCAUUUUUGUAAAUUUUAUGUACAGUUUUGAUUUCAGUAAUUUUAACUAGAUUUUUGUAGAUAAUUUCCAAAUUUGAUUUCCACUUAUUUUAGUGGUGUUUAGUGUGCCAUUGAAGCAACACCCCCUGGGUUUUUUUACAUUCAGGAAUUCACUAUUUUUUUUUUUUUUUUGUUCUCACAAAAGUUUUACAUUUCAUUUAUAGAUUUCAGUGUAAUCAUGCAUUUCCAAGUGUACAUAAUUUCCAGUUGUAAAAGAUAUCUGAUGUUUUCUAAGCAAGAAACAUGGAAAUGUCUUUCAUGGGUUUCUGUACUCUAGAACAGUAUACAUUUUUCCUUUCUUGAAAAGUGUGUUGGGGGCCCACUGCAUACCUGUUUAGAACAAAACCAUCUUGGCACAGUUUUUAUAGUGUCUGUAUAUUUGUGAUGCAAUGGUCUUGUAAAGGUUUUUACUGAAAUCUACCAUUAGCCAGUCUUUCUUACUGACAAUAAAUUAUUAAUAAAAUACUU